AUGCGUUUAAUUUGGAUUUUGGCCGCGCUCGGAGGAGAGAUGUGCCUCGCGAAAAGAGGGCUGCAGACCCCCGUACGCGCACGUAUGUAUGUAUGUAUGUAUAUACGGAGAUAUAUAACGAAGGGUUCGUCCUUCGGAAAGUUUAGUGAAACGUUCGGGAUGAGCGGGGCACGGAGCUCGCGAAUUUCGGGAACGACGGAUUUCAGUAUAGCUCGUAUACUGUCGAUAGGAGAUCGCGCUGAGCGCGCGACGACGGAGGCGAGAACGUUCGAUUCGACCACGAAUCUUCGGGGGACCGAGCAGGAGACCCGUCAGGAUGCGCGACCGAAAGGACGGAGACUCCCUGCCGAAUAUGAUCGUCGCAAUCGAGAAAUAAACGAGGAGAACGCACGGAGAAGGCACGGAGAGGAGGAACGAGAAGAGGAACGAGAAGAGGAACGACAUGUCGGUAGCCGAGUUGCUCCGAACGGAGAAACGUGCCCGGACACUUCCGACAACGGUGUGCAGAGGCAAGGGGAUAACGAUCAUCGGAGGACCGAGCUAACGUGGCUGCAGUACACCCGCUACAGACCGCCGAAGCUACCCAGGAGGUCCUUCGUCGAGAAGCGGAGGAAACGGCGAGCGGGUGAUCACCCUCGCAUCCCGUUCUCUUCGUCCCAACUGCAGGUGUUGGAAGACAGGUACAGGAGAGGAGCCUAUCUGACUAGGAACGACGUCGUCGAAAUAUCCGCGACGUUGAGGCUGCCGCAGAGCAAGGUAAAAAUUUGGUUUCAAAAUCGUCGAGCGAGGCAACGACGUGAAUCACUGAAUUCCACCGUAACGACGCGAUAACGUAUACUUGAUAAUGGAUUUUGGAAUCUUGAUCCACAAGAAAUUUUACCGCAGGUCAACGCACGCAAGGGCUGAAUCAGUAUUAUUUUAAGGUGAUUUAUCUUUUGACAUAACAUCGAUUAUUUUUAUACCCCCGACUUGUAUAUGAAUAAAUUUAUUUAUGAUUUUAGCGCAUUAUGUUUACUUUGAGUUUAGUUACACGAAGGACAGCGUAUUCAAAAAUAUUCAGCGUUGAAACAACUGUCUUUGUUUGACGACGUCAGAAGUAAGAAAACGCAUACCAUGAAUUCUUGUGUUAUACGUAUAAAUAAAAAGAUAUACCCGCAAAAUAUUUGUGAUCGACUUAACAUGUUUGCAAAAUUAUUCGAACACUUUUCUUUUACUCGAAUACUAAUGAAUAGUCA